AUGACCGUCAUCGACAUUCUCUUCCGUGUCGACGCCGUCUGCAAAAAAUACGAAAAAUACGACAUUGACAAACAGCGUGAACUCAACGCUUACGGUGAUGACGCCUUCGCCCGUCUCUAUGCUGCCGUCGAUUCCACCAUUCAACAAGCCCUCAAUAAAUCUGAGGCUGCGUCCAAGGAGACUAACAGGGCUGCUGCUGCGGCUAUGAAUGCUGAGGUUCGUAGAGCCAAGGGGAGAUUGAUGGAUGAAGUUCCUAAACUCCACAAACUCGCUAAUAAGAAGGUUAAAGGUCUCACAAAGGAAGACAUAGCCAUUCGUCAAGAUCUUGUUGACGUAUUGCCAGAAAGAAUCCAAGCAAUACCGGAUGGUAUUACAUCUGCUGCUAAUCAGACCGGAGGAUGGGCGGCUACUUCAUCCCAUCCGCAUAUCAAGUUUGAUACACCAGAGGGACAUAUUGGCAGUGAUUAUUUCAAUCCAAGUGAAGAAUCCAGUCAGUUUCGAUCAGAAUAUGAACUGCGCAAGAUGAAACAGGAUGAAGGACUUGAUAUCAUAUCAGAAGGAUUGGAUACUUUGAAAAAUCUAGCACAUGAUAUGAAUGAGGAAAUAGACCGACAAGUUCCUUUAAUGGAUGAAAUUGACACAAAGGUGGAUAAAGCAACAAGUGAUGUGAGAAACACUAACUUACGGCUGAAGAAAACUCUCACCGAGCUGAGGUCCAGUCGAAAUUUCUGCAUCGACAUCACUCUAAUGUGCGUUCUUCUUGGAAUCGUUAUGUAUUUAUACAAUGCACUGAGGUGA